AUGUUGGAAACUUUUAAUGAAAAUUUUGCGUCGGAUCUAAAAGAGAAAGCUCAACUAUCUGCCACACCUUUAUGCCGAAAAAAUGUGCGCGCGACACAGCAAGAGGCUGAAAAAGAUUUUACAGAUGAAGAUUUGGCGAAUUCAGUGAUCGAUGCCUCUAACACUUUCGGCAAAGUUGAAUUUCUGUCAUAUUAUAGUAAACUUAAAUCUACAUGGAACAAUCAGGAUGUGAGAAUAAUGAAGAGACGAAAAACAUGGAAUGAGAUAGCGAAAAGUUUAAUGAAUCAAUUGCUAAAAUGGAAGGAAAUAGUGCAUCAGCUGGAUUCUUUACCCCUAAAACUUCUCCUAUUUCAGUGUAAUAUUAUGACCAAUUUAAAAUUCCUGAUAUGUUUAUUGCUAAGAACGUCUCUAGUCACCUUGAUACUAUCACAAAGAUGA